AUGGCUCAGGCCUGUCAGAGCAGCUCUGGAGGGACAUUGUUCAGAUUGUUGCAAGCAAGAAGAAGCAGAAAUGGAGCCAAGAAGAAAGCAGAGAACAGCAAUUGGCAUCAACAGGCCACAGAAGAAGACAGUGACUACCAGGUCAUAUUCAUGAGUUCAGCUCUGUAUCUGAUCCUGCUUUUCUCAGCUCUGUGGACUCUCUCCUUCUGCGGGAUUCGUCAGUUUCAUUUGGUGAAUGAAAAUAAGAACUGGACCGACGCUCAGAAACACUGCAGAGAGAAAUUCACUGACCUGGCCACCAUUGAGAGCCAAGAGGAAAUGGACACUGUAAAAGCUGUUCUCAAUGGGAAAACUGGCAAUUUCUGGAUCGGACUGAAGUUGAACGAUGAACACGACAACACUAGCUGGAUCUGGUCAGAUGGGAGUAACUCCUCAUACAGAUACUGGAUCACUGGAGAGCCAAACUUCGGUCCUCGUGAAAUGUGUGUGGAGUUACGGCAUGACUCUGCAUACAAGUGGAAUGAUGUAGACUGCCACAAACAUACAAAUGAAUUUAUCUGCUAUGCAAUUCUUCGUUCUGACCCUCCUGCAGAGAUUCCACUCAUCCUGAUUAAAGAGCAGAAGACGUGGAGAGAAGCUUUGAGAUACUGCAGAGAGAAUCAUGUGGAUCUGGUCUCUGUUCACACUGAGGAAAUUCAGAAAUGGGUGGAAACAGCUGUUGAUUAUGCCUCCACUGCUAAUGUGUGGAUGGGUCUGCGUCACACCUGUGCUCAGAACUUCUGGUUCUGGGUGAGUGGAUCGACUAUGUGCUACCAGAACUGGGCUCCGGGGAACGGGACAGGGGUGGAAGACUGCAGUGGAGGAGAAAGAUCAGGAGCAGUGCAGUCUAGAAGUAAGCAGUGGGUCAGUCUGCCAGAGGAUCAGAGACUCAACUUCAUCUGCACUGUUGAGGAGCUCUAGAAGACGACACAGGCUGUUCAACUGGAUCCUCAUAGUUCAGGAUAUUUGACAGCCAUUUUCUCAUCAACAUGCAUAUAUAGCCUUUGACACACAAAUACAAUAAUCCAGCUUAAUGAAACAAAUA